ACUCAGUCACUACGAGGAACUGCUGCUUUGUUCUCUAUUUUCUCGAGUGACGACUCUUUAACAGGAACUCAAAGCAGAAAAUCGUAAUAAAACAGGUUAUGACUCACAUGGACAAUAACUGGCCCAUAAACGACAAGAUGGACGGUGGUCUGAAAAAUCAGUUCGAGGAGGCCAAGAUAGAACUGGAGACAUGGAAGAUUAAAGCAGAGAGAGCUGAUGAUGUCAAAUCCAGGCUCAUAAUAGAAAAACUGGAAGAAGAUGAAGCCAAGGAGAAAGCCAAGACAGAGAUGUAUGCUUGGAUCAAAAAGCAAGAAGAGUGUCAGAAGGACUUCACUCAACACAUGAGUGCAGUACAGGACGAAAUCCUGAAGCUUUCUAAACGCAAACAGGAUUUGCUGGAAAAAUUGAAGAGAUGUCAGGCUGAACUGGUGAAUAAGAAGACAGAGUCCAACAAACUCAAGCAGAAAUUCAAGAUCUAUGUCCAGAUUCCCGACACAGAGGUAAGGUUCAGCACUCAGGGCGAAGAGGAGAGUGAUGAUGUCAGUCAGUCAAUCAGAGGAGUGUUCAUCAUCAGCCAGAGAUCAACUGUGCUUCUAGAGGCCGGACAGGCACUUAUCACCUUCGAGGAGGAGAAAGUGGCCUCUCAGAUCCUGAAGAUUGCCAAGUGCUCUGUGUCCUGUGAGGACAUGAGUUUGGAUGUGAAACCAAAAAGAAUAACCAUGGAUCCUGCUGUAAAGUUUGAGGUCCACCUCGAUGUCUCUAGAAAGGCGCUCAAGGUUUUAAACAUCCCCUCUUCCAUGCCAGAGGAGAGAAUGAAGGACCGACUGGAGAUAAGUUUCUCCAGGCCCAGCAGAGGAGGAGGAGAGGUGGAGGGAGUGGAGUACGAUAAGAACACCGGGACAGGACUCAUCACCUUUCUCCACCCUGGAGUUGCUGAGGUCCUGGCCCUAAGAGGGAACUACCCAGUGGACCUGGAUUCUGAAAUUGAUAUGGAGGUUGAACCUGUAUACCAACACCAGCUGCAUAAGUUUCAGACCUUCUGUGGCUCUCCGAAACGAACAAUCCUCGUGGAUGACAUCAAAAACAUAAUGGACGAGGGGGACAUUCAAGACAGUCUAGAGAUCCACUUCCAGAGGGCCAGUAACUGUGGUGGUGAGAUACAGAGCAUCAAGUAUCUAUCCGAAGGGAAGGCUCUGCAGGCUUUUUUCUGUGAAGAUGCUGGGAAGAGAGAUGACUAAUAUUUAACCAGCCAGGGGCCAAACCUAGAGAAAGCUACAAAAUGUAAAAACAGUCUCCCAAUGAUUGUUAGAAACAGACAUUAUUAUGAUUAAUGCCCAAACGGAAGAAAAUAAUUUUGUAAAAUGUUGUUUAAUCUGAGAGUCAAAUGAAAAUAUGCAGUGAUUUAA